AUGGCGUCCUGUCUGAAGAUGACUGACCCUGUGCUCCUCACGCUGGCCGGGAGCUUCAGCACAGAAAGCUCUCCUGCCCAACCCAUUCUGCAAAACUUGGCUCUGGCGGCGGUGGUGGACGGAGACUUCCUGCCGGACGAACCCUCCAAACUCUUCCACAACGCGGCUGAGGUCGACUACAUCGCUGGAGCCAACGAUAUGGACGGGCACAUAUUCACGUCUCUGGACAUCCCUUCCAUCAACUCCAUGCUGGUGGACACCCCCAUUGAAGAUGUGAAGACACUGCUAGCUUCAUACACCAAAGAGAAAGGAAAUGCUGGGUUGGAGGAAGCCUUCUCCACCUACUCUUCUGACUGGGGCGCCAAACCGAGCCGCGAGACCAUCAAGAAGACCGCUGUGGCCGUUGGGACCGACUACAUCUUUCUGGUGCCAACUCAGGCUGCUCUGUACAUGCACGCCAAGAAAGCAACGACUGGCCGCACUUACUCAUACUUGCUGACCGAGCCUAACCGUCUGGGGGGUCUGACCACGCCCUACCCAAGCUGGAUGGGAUGCGACCACAUGGACGACCUGCAGUUUGUCUUUGGGAAGCCCUUCGCCACUCCCCUGGGGUACUGGCCCCGGCACAGAGACCUGUCCAGAUACAUGAUCGCUUACUGGACCAACUUUGCCAAAACUGGGAACCCAAACCAGGGCGACUCGGAGGUCCCUGCCACUUGGCCUGAGUUCAAGAGCGAUGGGCAUAAGUACCUGGAGAUCCACCACAACAUGGACAAAAGCUACGUGCGGCAGAAGAUGAGGAUGCGUUACGUGCACUUCUGGAGCAGCGUCCUGCCCAGUCUGCCCAGCCUCAAGACUGAAUAA